CCAGCACACGGAGGAAUUUCUUAUCAAGCCCGAGUCCCGGAUCGCUCAGCUGGACACGUCCCAGUGGCCCCUCCUGCUCAAGAACUUUGACAAGUUAAAUGUGAUGACAACACACUACACACCUCUUCCUUCCGGUGCUAAUCCCCUGAAGAGAGAGAUUUCAGACUAUGUUAGGUCUGGCUUUAUUAACCUCGACAAACCUUCCAAUCCGUCUUCCCAUGAGGUGGUUGCGUGGAUCCGACGCAUCCUUCGAGUAGAGAAGACGGGGCACAGUGGCACCCUGGAUCCUAAGGUGACUGGGUGCCUCAUUGUGUGCAUUGAGAGGGCGACACGACUGGUCAAAUCUCAGCAGAGCGCAGGCAAAGAGUAUGUGGGAAUUGUUCGGCUGCACAAUGCAAUUGAAAGCGAGGCUCAGCUUGCCAGGGCAAUAGAAACUCUGACGGGCGCGUUGUUUCAGCGACCACCCCUCAUUGCUGCUGUGAAACGACAACUGAGAGUCAGAACCAUCUAUGAGAGCAAGCUGGUGGAGUACGAUCCUGAGAGAAGAUUAGGUAUUUUCUGGGUGAGCUGUGAAGCAGGCACAUACAUCCGGACGCUCUGCGUUCACCUUGGCUUGCUGCUCGGCGUGGGGGGCCAGAUGCAAGAGCUCCGCAGAGUGCGCUCGGGCAUCCUGGGAGAGAAGGACAACAUGGUGACUAUGCAUGACGUACUGGAUGCCCAGUGGCAGUACGACAACAACAAGGACGACAGUUACCUGCGAAGAGUUAUCCUGCCCUUGGAGAAACUGCUGACUUCUCACAAGCGGCUGGUCAUGAAAGACAGUGCGGUUAAUGCCAUUUGCUAUGGAGCCAAGAUCAUGCUGCCUGGUGUCCUGAGGUAUGAAGAUGGCAUUGAGCUUAAUCAGGAGAUUGUUGUCAUCACCACGAAAGGAGAAGCUAUCUGCCUAGCCAUUGCCUUGAUGACUACGGCUGUCAUUUCUACCUGCGACCAUGGCAUUGUGGCAAAAAUCAAGAGAGUGAUCAUGGAGAGAGACACGUAUCCCCGCAAAUGGGGUCUCGGUCCCAAGGCCAGUCAAAAGAAGAUGAUGAUCCAGAAGGGUCUGUUGGACAAGCAUGGGAAGCCCAACGAGAGCACACCGGAUUCCUGGAAGAAGGACUAUGUGGAUUACAGAGAUGCUUCCAAGAAGGAGGCAGCUGCCGUUCCUCAAGCUGUUUCAGAGGUGGAGAGGGCUCCAAAAAGGAAGCGAGAGUCGGAGAGUGAAAGUGAGGAGGCUGUGACCCCGCCAUCCCCUGCCACCCCGCCACCAGAAGAGCUGAGCAAAAAGGAGAAGAAAAAAAAGAAGAAAGAGAAGAAAGCCAAAGAGGCAGCUGACAGUGGGGGAGAGCAAAUAGAAGUGACCACUGAGGCCAGCACAAAGAAAAAGAAGAAGAAGAAGAAACAAAAGGAGGCAGAAGAGAGCUCAGAGUAAGCGACGGGAUCUGUCCAAAGCAAGCAGCCUCCUCGGUAGGGAGGGAGGAGUCUGAGGCCUUGAGGAAAAAAGACGACUG